AUGGCCACAGCUGCUUUCAACUUAGCUCUAAGAAACCCGUCGACUUUCAUUCUUCCAAAGUCUCCAAACCCUACAAAGCUUAGGGUUUGCACUCUCAGAUGCUCCUCCGCCACCGCAAACGCGGUCCCAGGUUUGUCAGAGAGACCUUGGAAGACUUCAGAUGCUAGACUUGUGCUUGAAGAUGGUUCAAUCUGGAGAGCAAAGUCAUUUGGUGCUUCGGGAACCCAAGUUGGUGAAGUUGUAUUCAACACAUCCUUGACCGGGUAUCAGGAAAUUCUUACAGACCCUAGUUAUGCUGGUCAAUUUGUCCUGAUGACAAACCCACAUAUUGGAAAUACUGGUGUGAAUUUUGAUGAUGAAGAAUCAAAGCAAUGCUUCCUUGGUGGUCUAGUGAUCAGAAGUAUAAGCAUCAGUACUUCAAAUUGGAGAUGUGCAGAAACACUUGGUGAUUAUUUAGCCGAAAGGAAUAUCAUGGGAAUUUAUGAUGUUGACACACGUGCUAUCACCCGCAGAUUAAGACAAGAUGGAAGCCUUGUUGGUGUUUUGAGCACAGAAGAGUCGAAAACAGAUGAGGAAUUAUUAGAAAUGUCUCGUUCAUGGGAUAUUGUUGGGGUCGAUUUAAUAAGUGGUGUGUCAUGCAAGGAACCUUAUGAAUGGGUGGAUAAAACAAAUUCAGAGUGGGAAUUUAACUACAGUGGAAGAGAUGGAGAGGCUUUUCAUGUUGUUGCAUAUGAUUUUGGAAUCAAACAUAACAUACUUAGGCGCUUGGCUUCCCAUGGCUGUAAAAUUACUGUUGUGCCUUCAACAUGGCCAGCAUCAGAGAUUCUUAAGAGGAAACCAGAUGGGGUUCUUUUCAGCAAUGGCCCUGGAGACCCGUCUGCUGUUCCUUAUGCUGUUGAAACAGUCAAGGAGAUACUUGGAAAGGUUCCUGUUUUUGGAAUUUGCAUGGGUCAUCAAUUGCUUGGCCAGGCAUUAGGUGGUAAAACAUUUAAAAUGAAGUUUGGUCACCAUGGAGGAAAUCAUCCAGUACGUAACCUUCGUAGUGGACAUGUUGAGAUCAGUGCUCAGAACCACAACUAUGCAGUUGACCCUGCAUCACUUCCAGAAGGUGUAGAAGUCACUCAUGUCAAUCUCAAUGACGGAAGUUGCGCUGGUCUUGCCUAUCCUGCACAAAACAUCAUGUCUCUUCAAUACCACCCUGAAGCAUCCCCAGGACCUCGUGAUUCAGAUUAUGCUUUUGGGGAAUUCAUAAAGCUGAUGAAGAAAGUGAAAGUAAAUGCAUGA